GAAGUGUGUCAUCUGUGGUUUGGUUUUUUUCAACUUCAGUAAAGGAAACGGCAAGAAAAUCUUGGGUCCUUCAGACACAACUCCAAAAGAUUGUCUUGAAGACGCACAAAUUGAUUUCUCAUUUGCAUAGAGAAGAACAGACCAAGCGAGUUUACUUCUUUGGAUUUACAGCAACGGUCAAAUUAAUGCCACUGUCUAAGGGUAUAUCAUUUACUGAGAGACAGCUGGAUAAUGCAGUGCCGACUGAGAACAGCCCUGAUAAUUGGAGCUACCAUUUUACUGAGCAGUCAUGCACAAAGAAAUCAGACAGAUUUUCAGAACACAGCCAGCUCUGUUGCUUCUACUGCAUCUAUUAGUACGACAAUACUGCUCAAGAAAACUCUUAACCAGAACAGUACAAAUUUAGCAAAACAUUUGAGCAAAGACAUAACAGGAUAUAAAGAAGUUAAUACUAGCCUAAGCUUAAACACACCAACGCAAAACGUGUCUGUCAGCUCCAUAACAGAAAGUUCCUCAAUGAUUAAUACUAUUGCAAGUAAUCAUUGUGACAACAGGAGGACAAGAAAUAUGCUUCAGAGCAAACCAUGCAUCUGCAAUGAAGACAAAUACAAGACUGGAAUAAUAAUAUGUAUCAUCAUUAUAGGUGUGCUGGUGCUUGUUUGUGCAAUUUUAAUCAUAAGCUGUGUGGUUUUGGCAAAUAAAGUAUCACGCCUUAAAACCAAAUUGACACAAUCAAAGCGCCAGGCAAGAAGCAAUGGGGACUUCCUGAGUGCUUCAAGCAUCUUGUGGUCUUCGGGUAUGGAAACGUGGCAGAAGAAAUCACAGACAGCAACUUUAAAAAUGGAGGAGAUUUCUUUGAAUGAUACAAACACAAGUCAAGAUGAGAAAAACCAACUGAUGCUGAGUUCAACAGAGAAUGCAAAGAACUCCAAAGAAGACAAAAGUAUAAGCCUUGACAAUGAGCAUAGCCUACCAUCCAAUUAUGUUGUGGAAAUAUAAUGUAUUAUAUAUCUUAAAAUAUUUGUAGUUGCAAAGUAAUGUGUUCACAUCAGUUCCUUUUCCUAUUCUUGUGUAUAAAACCACAUCAUUUUAUUAAUAUAUGUUUAAAAAAAAAAAAAAAAAAAAAAAAAAAAAAUGUGUGUUUGUUCCUUGUGUGGCAAUUUCCCUUUAAAUGUAUUUAUUUUGCAAAGCCUUUACUUAAACUGAAUGUCACCCCAGAGCAUUUUCUCACUGCAAAGAUUUUUGGCCAAUAAAAUUGACUAAGCGAUCUAGAAAGGCAACUUACAAAAUGAUGCAAUGAAGCAAUCAAUAAAUAUUCUCCUUUCUAAAA